AUGACGGGUCUUCUUCUUCUGCUGUUGGCCGGUGUCACAGUGAACGCGGCGGUGGAUCUGCAGAAGAGAAUCAUCGGAGGUCAACCCUGUAACAGGGCUGACCGUCUGUACCAUGUUAAAUUGAUAUCACAUAAUGUUACCCAUGAAAGCUUGUGUGGUGGCUCUCUGAUCAGCGACCGCUGGAUCCUGACUGCAGCUCACUGCUGGGUGACUAUGACAGCAUAUGUAGGUGUGCAUCCAGGUCCAGAUCCAGCAACAGCAAUGACACCAGGUUCACAAACACAUCAAUUUCACACCAUAACACGACAUGAGAUCUUCAGAGACAACAACGGGACCCAUGACAUCAUGCUGCUGCAGCUCCCUCGGGCUACUAACAUUAUACCUGUACCACUUCCUAACGCCACUGACUGUGUAAAUAAUAUCCCCAUACGGGCUGAAGUUCAGAUUGCAGGUUAUGGAAACACAACUGCUGAGGGUCGUUUCAAUGGGACCUGGGCAGAUGUCCUCCACUGUGCACUUACGGACGUUGUCGACUGUGGAAGGCUCAUGCAACAUCUACAGAACUACCCGGUGUUCUUCGCCGAGCAUGUCUAUCAACACUUGUUCUGUGUCCAAAGAGCCAGAGUGGAUACCUGUCCAGGAGACUCUGGAGGAGGAGUGGUGUUCAACGGCAAGAUCUACGGUGUCAUUUCUUUCACUGGUGAUGUUAACAACGCCUGUUCUGAAGCAGCUGGAUUCAUGGAAGUCUGUAGAUACAGAACAUGGAUCAAUGGGAUAAUGAGUAACCCCUAGAGAGGUUAAUUGUGAAAUGUCAUUUAACAGACUUUCCACAUGUUUGGAGACAGAUUGUUGGGUUCUUGCCAUUGACACAUUUACAAUUAGUUGGUUUAUUCUUAAGACAAACAAUAAUUAUUAUUCUGACGUUGUUUCAGAAGCUAGUUUCUGAGUUACAAAUGUUAGUUUACAAAUGUUUGCAUUAAAAAAUAAAUAUAUAUCUGUAUCUCUUUUUUAAAUUCAAAUUGGGAAAACACAAUUGGAAACUUACCCCUGAGUUAGUUCAACAUGUUUUGCAGGUUAUUAUAAAGAGAUUGUCUUGUGAAACUACAAAGGGUCAAAUAUAAGAGUCUGCUAA